CGAACUCAGUGUUGACUUCCGGUCGUGUUGUUGUGGGGAAGAUGUCAAUUCAGACAGUGGUAUCGAACUGUUAAAUGUCAUUAUUUAGAAGUUUAGUUGGCCUGCUACUCCAGAGAACAUUAUAUCCCAUUAACCGUAAAUGAAUAUUGUUCCAUGAAGAAUGGCAGAUGCUGACACAUUGUUGCAAAGUACAGGUACGUUAGAAAAGUGUUGAUGUUGGACUGUCCAAAAAACAUCAGGGCCAGCUAGUCCUGUAUUGGCAAUGGAGGCUAGUUUAUGCUCCAACAGCUUACUGGAGUCUCAAGAGCCCCAGACUAGUGAAACUCCCACCCCAGGGGAUGACCGCUUUAUGGAUCAGGAGCGCCCCAGUAACCUUCUCAAGGGAUUCUCCCGUCUGUACAAAAACAAAGAGUUUGUAGAUGUUACACUGAUUGUGGAUGGACGCGAGUUUCCUUGUCACAAGAAUGUACUGGCAGUGUCAAGUCCCUUCUUCAUGGCUAUGUUUUCCACAGAUAUGGCUGAGAGUCAGCAGGAUAAGAUAACUCUUAAAGAACUAGAGGCACUUACUAUGGAGUUGGUGCUGGACUAUGUGUAUACAGGUUCUGUGAUGCUCUCAGAAGACACGGUUCAACAUCUCCUCUCUGCUAGUAAUCGAUUCCAACUCCUCAGCCUCAGGAGUGGAUGUGCUGAGUUCAUGAUGAAUCAUAUCACAGUUAGUAAUUGUAUUGGUGUGUACUUCUUUGCAAAGGCCCAUGAGUGUCAAGUCCUUGCAAAUAAAGCUAAAGAAAUAAUAAACAACCAGUUUAAUAAUUUAUGUAGACAGCAGGAAUUUCUCAGUCUCCCUGCGGACAAACUUGUCGAGAUUAUCAGUGAUGAUGAUAUUAAUGUGACAGCAGAAGAGACUGUAUUUGAAGCUUGUAUGGAGUGGUUGAGCACAGACACAGCAGGACGACAGCAGCAUCUGACGGCCAUUAUGGACUGUGUGAGGUUCGCCAAUAUCAGUUCGUAUUACUUCUGUGACAGGAUAGAUAACAGCCCGAUACUAAGGGAGUGUGCAUCUCUAAGGAAGACUCUAGAAACCGUCAGGUACUACCACAUGCUGAGAAACAGACAACAGGAAAUGGAUUUAAACUUGAUGCCGCGUAAAGGCAUGAUGUACGAGCGAGGGGUCAUGAUCAUUGCAAAUCCGUACACUGAAGAUCAGCUGAAAAAAUACAACAGUAUGGAAAUGUUACUACCUAAACUGGGAGAGGUCAUCCACAUAUGUAAACUUCCCCAGAGUCUUUAUACCCCAGGUUGUGCUAUCACGGGAGACAAUCAGAUAUACUUGGCUGGUGGGGCGAUUCGUAAGAUUAAUUACAGAGGUUCUAUCACUACGGAGGGAGUAUCAAACAACUUCUACAUCUACGACCAGGUCGAUAGGUCAUGGCAAACUAAGGCCAAGAUGCAUAUGUCUCGGUCACAGUUUGGACUUACAAUUGUAGAUGGGUUUGCCUACGCCAUAGGUGGACAGGACGGAUCUGAAAUUCUCACAACAGUUGAGCGAUAUGAUCCUCACACAAAUGCUUGGACACUCAUCAACCCACUCAACAAAGCAUUGAGGUUCAUGACCUCCAUCUCUUACAAGGGAAAACUGUACGUGUUUGGAGGGGAGACAACCAACAGUAUUAGCAGCUCAGCCUACAAAUAUGACCCAACAGAAGACAGCUGGCAAGAGUUACCUCCCAUGUCCACCCCAAGGGUGCUUGCCGGCAGUGUUAUCCACAAGGACAAGAUAUAUGUGAUCGGUGGGAACUCUGCUCUAAGUGAUAAAUGGAAGAAGGAGUUUUUGCCGGAGCACUGUGUCAGUUCUGUAGAGGUGUUUGAUCCAGAUACCAAUACAUGGUCCAUGGGACCGGAACUUCCCAACGCCAUGUGUGGAGCAGGUAUUGUGAAGUAUGGUAACACUAUUCUGAUCGUGGGUGGAGAGGACGAUAAGAGCUGGAUGGCUGGUCUGUGCUGGCUCAAGGAGGAUCAGGGUAAACAGAUGUGGGUAGAAGGGCAGGAGCUACCCACAGUGAUGAGUACAUUCGGCUGUGUCGUGGCCAAUAUACAAGACGAUGUGGCGAAAGCGCUAACUACUCAAGACACAAAAAUCUGUGUCUGUUUACUGUUGGGACAAGUGAUAACUAGGACAUCUGAUACAUGUUCUACAGAAUGUAAAAAUUAAACUAUUGAGUCAAGCACCCUGCCAUGCAACUAGCUGAAAUAACAUUGGCUAUUGGUUACCUAACCUGUUGUGAUGAGAACCAAUGUCCUUGUUACUGCCUAUAUAUAGGACGAUAUUAGGAUAUGUCAGAUAAAUAUUAGAUCAUGUUCCUAAAUCAUGCAACUCCAUUUAACAGGAGCUCUAAGGUUUGUUUGUUUAUGCGAAGGAACCUGUUUGAAAAAUGUUUUGAAUGACUAACCUUUCAUGCAUAAUUCUUACUUACAUGACCAUCAGAUAUUAAUACAUAACUUGGAAAUCUUUGUCAAGGCUUGUCAGAAAGUAAGAUAGAUCACUAGGUCUGUCCUAAUAUUUAAAUGUAAAAAUUGUAAAAAUGGUCAACUAUUUGCAAUGCAAAAACAAAAGUGGCCCUGUUGGUAUGUGAAAGACACAUGGCUACACUACGAUUUGUGGCGAUGAAGCCCCAUUUUGAUCUGUGCGUUUGUGUGAAAAUUACAUGACAAGACACAUAGUGUAUUAUGACUAAAGGUUGAUUGUUGAGAUGACUAAAGGUUGAUUUUUGAGACAGGAUCUCUCUACAGCACUGUGAUAAGCUGUUUUGGUUGUGUGAUGGCCAACAUAGAUAAUGUGGCUAUAGGAUUUUACAUUUAAGCUCAUCUUAAUUCUUUCCUUGUAAUAGACUCUGGCAAAGAUGAUGUGAUGUGUCAGUAUUAUGAAUACAUCAAGUACUUUUAUAUACGGGACUUGACACAAUUUUCCUACCAUACUCCAUAUAUAUAUGUAUUACAUUAUCAUACAUAUGUAUUUACCAUGAGUUGGGAAUUCGUGCCAACUCCCUGUGCUUUUAUAUUUUCAAAUAUUUUCUUGCAAUCCCAAAAACUACUAUGAAGCAUAUACCCGGGUAUAUCAGUAUUUACUGUGUAUGAACUGUGUAUACAUAACUGUAUCCACUUUUGAAAUCAACAUGCGUACCUGUUGUGUGACACAAUUUACUCAGGAGGAGAAAGCAGUUGUUUUGACUAUAGUUACUGCCCAGUGUGUACCUGCAUAAUAUGAAAUGAUAACUUGCUGGUUUCUUAUAAUAACUUAAUUGUAUUUGAAACUAAUAAGUAAGUUUGUGGUAUAACGUUUGAUUGAUAUCCCAUAUAGAUAAAAAAAUAAGUAUAGUUUUAUCUACUUUUAAGUUCAUUGCAUUUAUUUUUGUGAUUUUUUGUUUACCUCAAAAUCAGCAAAUGCAUUCUUGUAUAAAAUAUGAGUGAAGAAAGCAUACCAUUUAGUUGGUGCUUGUAAUCACAACUGAAAUCAACAGGAAAGUAUUGAAGUUUAUCUCUAUGAAGCACUUUAUAGAUGGGCAUUUCCUAUCAUUUGGCUGUGAGUUCUAUAUUGUGUUGUAUUCCCUAUUUACAAAAUUAUGUAUGGUGAAGAGAGCUGUUUUCAAGUCAUGACUAGGUUGUGAUAUGUUAAAUUACUUAAACAUUUGAACUACUUAUUGAUAAAAAAGAUCUUGACGAAUUGUUUGCACACUAAAAUGAAUACAAAUGGAUGUUCUAAUAAAUCACUUUUUUUUUCAAGGGAGAUAAUCAAGUAGAUUAUAUGAAGACAUAUCCUUGAUUAUCUCCCUUUAGGUUUUACAAUAAGUUACACUAUGAUACACAAUGGAUGUAGGCAGAUAUUCUGCCUUUAAAUCCAUAUCUUACUAAAUCUUUAAUGUAAAGAAUGUAUAGUUCUUUGUUAUUUCCUGAGAUUUCUUUAUUGUUGGCUAAAUAAUUGUAUUUCAGCUCAAGAUUUUCCCAAUGAGUAUCAAGAUUAAUAACACAUUUGGUGGGGUGACUGUUCCAGUUUUUGACAAUCCUAGAGCAAAAUCAGUUUUUCUGAAUGUCAUGCUUGAAAUUAGUAUUUUUGCUUGAUGGUAAGGUACUAUGCUUGUGACUGAAAUGUACAGAAUGCUAUCUAUAAUGAAGAUCAGCCAGAAUGCUGUUUUGAUAAAAACAAAAUUUUAUAUGAUUUUUUUAAACGUAUAUAAUAUAUCCAAUUGCUACAGUACUUUCAUUUUGUGUUUGAUUAUGUGCCACAAAUAUUUUCUGUUUUAUUUAAAUUUUGACAAUCAGUCAGCUGUUAUUUUAAUUUUUCAAACAACGGUGGCAUAUCAAACAAUUUAAAAAUUGAUUCUCAAUUACAUGUAAUUUACCAUUUUCUUGAUAUAAAUAUGUACUUUACCUGAUAUGCCACACGAUCGCAAAAUAUUUUACUAUUUCCAUGGGAUGGUUGAGUUGAGUAUGUUUAAAUAUACUUCCUUUUGAUUAAAAAAAACCCUUAAAACUAUUGUAACACAUUUAAGCUGUUUAUGUUUGACUAGCUGGAGUUUUAAAGUUAUGAAUAAUGAAACAAUUAAAAAAAAUUAUGAUAGUAAUAAAAAUAUUGUUCAACAUUUAUAUUGUGAACUACAUGUAUCUAAUUUGCAAAAUUACUCUGUGCUUCACAUUACACGACAUAAUAAUAUUUCCAAGCGUUACAUAGUGUUCAGACCUUAUAUGCAAGUAAAUUAGCGAUCACCAGAAAGUCUGUGAGUCUACUAUCAAUGUAAAAAAAAAGAUCAUGAGUAUAAUUUUAAAAAAUACAUUAGUGUAAAAAAAAAUUCAUUUUCGUGAAUGACAAUUCUUUUUUGCGUAUUUCACGAGAGAUUAAAAUUCUCAAAAAUUAAUCGUCAUGAAAUAGGUUCAAUCACAGAGUGGUCACAAGCUCUAAACCCACAUUUGGCAGUUACCUCAUACUGACUGUAGGCCAGUCGUUUUUCUAUGGGCCUCCGGCUUUUUUCCACCUCAAAAGCCUGGCACAUCCUUAAAUGGCCCCGGCUGUUAAUAGGGACAUUAAACAAAAUUAACCAAAAUAAAGCAAAUACAGUAGGUUUUAUAUUACUGUAAAUUGCAAAGUUUUUUCGUCGCAAAAAAUUUGUUACUUUGAAAAUGGGAAAAUGUCUGUUUACAGUACUGUAUUAAUGGCCCAUGGCCAUUUAACAGUAAUUAAAAAAUGAAUUAGUUAAUUUCUUUAUAAGCAUAAUUAUGAUUUAUUUUGUUUGUUUGCUCGGUCUCCUUGAUGUAACUUGUCGCUAUCUCACUAGAUAUCAUCUGUGUACAAGAGGCCUGUCACGUACAUUUUGUACAUUAUGUGGUCUCGCCUUCAAUAAACUAGUACAUGAACCUAUUGUUUAGGAAUCAUUUACCAUAAAUCACUGAAAUUUAAUGCUGUUAUCUUUCCUUUAUAUCAAUUAUAUAAAUUUUCCAAAUUUCAAUUGAUUAGAUAUAAAAAGAAAAUAAUAAUAAUUUCAUUUUUUUUUUAAUGAUGUGGCAGGGAUACAUAAAAUGACUUACUCAUGACUCAAGAUUUGAAGUUGAAAAACGUUACAAGAAAAAUUAAGAUAAAUUUUUACAAGACAGAAUUUUUCUAAUUUGAUGAAAUACUGAGAGUAGGAAUAAGAAAUAUAUAUGAAACACUCAUAAAAUACUACCUCCUGGGAAAAAGAUUUCCAAAAAACCUGCUGAUAAAGACAACCAGUACUGUGGAUAGCAGAUAUCUGUCUUUGAAGGCUACAUCUGUAUAGCAAAUAUCUCUGUAAAGGUUAUCUCUUUAUAGCAAAAACAUGUUAAUAAAAGAAAUCUCUAUAUAGCAACAUCUGUAUACAAGCCAUAUAUAUAUAGCAACAUCUGUAUAAAUGGCAUAUAUAUGUAGCAACAUCUGUUUAAAUCCCAUCUCUGUAUAACAACAAACUAUCAAUAAAGGCCAUCUCUAUAUAGCAACAUCUGUAUAAAGGCCAUCUCUAUAUAGCAACAUCUGUAUAAAGGCCAUCUCUAUAUAGCAACAUCUGUAUAAAGGCCAUCUCUAUAUAGCAACAUCUGUAUAAAGGACAUCUCUAUAAUAGCAAAAUCUGCAUAAAAGCCAUUUAUAUAAAGAAACAUCUGUAUAAAGCCGUUUAUAUAUAGCAACAUCUGUAUAAAGCCGUUUAUAUAUAGCAACAUCUGUAUAAAGAACAUCUCUAUAUAGCAACAUCUGUAUAAACUCCGUUUAUAUAUAGCAACAUCUGUAUAAAGACCAUCUCUAUACAGCAAAAUCUGUAUAUAGGACAUCUCUAUAAUAGCAAAAUCUGCAUAAAAGCCAUUUAUAUAAAGAAACAUCUGUAUAAAGCCGUUUAUAUAUAGCAACAUCUGUAUAAAGGUCAUCUCUAUAAUAGCAAAAUCUGCAUAAAAGCCAUUUAUAUAAAGAAACAUCUGUAUAAAGCCAUCUCUAUAUAGCAAAAUCUGUAUAAAGGCCAUCUCUACAUAGCAAAAUCUGUAUAAACUCAGUUUAUAUAUAGCAACAUCUGUAUAAAGACCAUCUCUAUACAGCAAAAUCUGUAUAAAGGCCUUCUCUAUAUAGCAAAAUCUGUAUAAAGGCCAUCUCUAUAUAGCAAAAUCUGUAUAAAGACCAUCUCUAUACAGCAAAAUCUGUAUAUAGGCCAUUUCUAUAUAGCAAAAUCUUUAUAAAGGCCUUCUCUAUAUAGCAAGAUCUGAAUAAAGACCAUCUCUAUACAGCAAAAUCUGUAUAUAGGCCAUUUCUAUGAUAGCAAAAUCUGCAUAAAAGCCAUUUAUAUAUAGCAACAUCUGUAUAAAGGAAUCUGUAUGAUAGAAAAAUCUGCAUAGCUAGCAGAUCUGUCUAAUGGAAUAUGUGUUAAAGCCAUUUAUAUAUAGCAGCAUUUGUAUAAAGGCCAUCUUUGUAUAGCAAAAUCUGUAUAAAAGUCAUUUCUAUAUAGCAAGAUCUGUAUAAAGGUCAUUUCUAAAUAGCAACAUCUGUAUAAAGGCCAUUUCUAAAUAGCAAAAUCUGUAUAAAAGUCAUUUCUGUAUAGCAAGAUCUGUAUAAAGGUCAUUUCUAAAUAGCAACAUCUGUAUAAAAGUCAUUUCUAUAUAGCAACAUCUGUAUAAAGCCAUUUCUGUAAAGCAGAUAUAAUAUAAGUCUGUCUGUUAUCAAAGGCAAGCUAAUAGUUUGUUCCCACUGUCCAUAUCAAGACCACUUGCUCAUAAAGACCCAUUUUCUUGAAUCGAUUAAAAUGGUUUUAUAGACGGAUUUUACUGUACAUAACAGGUAAGCAUUGUGUCUCUUGCUUAAAAUACAAAGGUAUUGUAUAGACCAAUAUGUCAUAAAAUUCUACAACUCCAGGGUGUUGCAAAGGACCAAUGCUCAUUGAAAGAUACUUUUUUUCUUUUGACAUAAUAUUUUUUCUUUUGACAUAAUAUUCUGUUCAUUUAUUUAUCACUUUCAUUUAUAUGCUCGAUGAAACAAUCAUGUAAAAUAAGUCUGUGAUUGCAUUUGUUCAUGUGGUUUCUGAGAGAAACUUUUGUGAUAUCAGUGUUAAUAUAAAAUCAAUAGUAUGGAAGGAUUUAUUGUUUAAAAACGUACUGUUUACAGUUUAUUUUCACAAGUAUGAUUUCUACUCAAAAAGAAGAAAUAUUAACCUUCAAAAAUAUAUUGUCCUUUAAAAGUAAACGUUCUCAAUUAAGUUUUGACUGAUUAUUUUGUAUGCAUGAGGUAAUGUUUUAGUUGAAGAAUAUGUUGAUACCCUGCAAGUUAGCGAAUAUGUCCUCCAAUUAAAAAUAGCUGGCUAUAUCAAUAUGGUAUAAUGUAUAUGUAAAGGUGCUUGGAUGGAAUUUACUUCAUUAUUAUAUUAAGUUGCCAUCAAUCCAUGUGACACAAUAUGAUAAUUCUUCAUCUUUUUCAUGGUGAAAGAAUAUAAUUAACUUAAGCAUGAGUAAUAAGAUCACCAUUCGUUUUUGUUUGAAAUAAAAAUGAUAUAAAAGUAAUA